GUGUCUCUGAAGAUCAUGAUGGCGUAUAUGAACCCCGGGCCCCACUAUUCCGUCAACGCCUUGGCCCUGAGUGGCCCCAGCGUGGACCUAAUGCACCAGGCUGUGCCGUACCCAAGCGUCCCCCGGAAGCAGCGCCGGGAACGGACAACCUUCACGCGCAGCCAGCUGGAGGAGCUGGAGGCGCUGUUCGCGAAGACCCAGUAUCCGGACGUGUACGCGCGCGAGGAGGUGGCGCUCAAGAUCAACCUGCCGGAGUCCCGGGUUCAGGUUUGGUUCAAGAACCGCAGGGCCAAGUGCAGACAGCAGCGGCAGCAGCAGAAGCAGCAGCAGCAGCCGCCAGGGGCACAGGCCAAGGCUCGUCCUGCCAAGAGGAAGGCAGGCGGCUCUCCUCGGCCCUCCACGGAUGUGUGUCCUGACCCUCUGGGCAUCUCAGAUUCUUACAGCCCCCCUCUGGCAGGCCCCUCAGGCUCCCCCACCACAGAAGUGGCCACAGUGUCCAUCUGGAGUCCGGCCUCAGAGUCCCCUUUGCCUGAAGCCCAGCGGGCUGGGCUGGUGGCCUCAGGGCCGUCUCUGACUUCAGCCCCCUACACCAUGACCUAUGCCCCUGCCUCGGCUUUCUGCUCCUCACCCUCAGCUUAUGGCUCUCCGAGCUCCUAUUUCAGUGGGUUGGACCCCUACCUUUCUCCCAUGGUGCCCCAGCUGGGGGGCCCGGCACUCAGCCCCCUGUCGGGCCCCUCGGUGGGUCCCUCCCUGGCCCAGUCCCCCACCUCCCUGUCAGGCCAGAGCUACAGCGCCUACAGCCCCGUGGAUAGCCUGGAAUUCAAGGACCCCAUGGGCACCUGGAAAUUCACCUACAACCCCAUGGACCCCCUGGACUACAAGGAUCAGAGUGCCUGGAAGUUUCAGAUCUUGUAGAAGACGCUGUCUCCACUGCUGUCCUGGCCUCCUUGCAGCUUGGAUUCUGGCUCAGUCCUACAAAGUCCACCCCUUUGCCCCAGGGCAGGGCUUCUGCCUCUCCCAGGCUGUGCAUAGGACUUAGGAAAGCUCUCAGCCCAGUGCCUGCUCACUGUGGACAAUGGGGCCCCAACACUGAGCCCCAGACAUCUGAAUCUGGGGAGAAGCAGGCCAACCUUGCCACUGACCUGGGGCAGUGUUUAAGUCAGAAUCUCUGUGCCCUUGAACAAAUAUCUCCCAGUGUGAAUGCUUCUGUAUCCGGGGUUGGGGUCCUUCUAGAGAUUCUGAUGUUGACUUCAAGAGGUUCCAUCUUGGGCCAAUUAAACAGGUGCAUUUAAACAUUCCUUUGGAAGUCGGGUGUGGUGGUUCAUGCCUGUAAUCUCACCACUUGGGAGGCUGAGGCAGGAUGGUCGAAGUGAAUUGUGAAUUCGAGGCCAACCAGGGCUACAGAGUGAGUUCAAGGCCAGCCUGAACUUCAUAGUGAGACCCUGUCUUGAAAAAAAAAUUCAUUUGAAAUUUUACAGAUUUCAGGUUUACCUGACAGGUUUAGGGGGCUGUUUGAUAAUGUCCACAUGUUCAUGACAUGUGUGUAUAUGUAUGUUUCCUUCUUAGUUUCUUUUUAAAGGUGUUCAGUCAUUCCCUGACCCAUUAGCACUUUGG